AUGUCUGCCGACGAUGAAGUUGUCACUACGGCAGUGAGAUUGCCUCCUGACGUCUGGCAGCUUCUCUUCGAUGAGCUUGCUGCACGUAACGACUUCUCGAGCUUGUACAACUGUGCCGUGUCUAGUAAACAUCUAGCUGGCUCUGGAGCUCUGGCAAAUCUCUAUCGCGCAAGUCACAAUGCACCAGUAAAAAGCGGAGGUAACGAAGCAUCGCCUCUGCAAGAGCAAGAAACAGCUGUUCAAAGGUGGUCCAUCCUAUGGAGAACCAUAUUGCUUUCUUGCACUGAAGAGACGUUGUUCCCGUAUUGUCACUACUUGAGAGUGCUUGAUCUACGGGAUCUCCAUGAGCUACUUGACGACGACAAGUUCAGAGGCAAGAUCCAGCAAAACUUCUUUUCUGGAUCUCUUGCCAGGUUUAACAUUACCAGCCAGACCAGGGGCAAGACCCGUGCUCUCAGAUCGAGCAAUAUGCGGCAGACAGUCGUUGCAAUUGGAGACGCUAUCGUCAAGGCUGCUCCAAUGCUCGAGGAGCUCACCGAGCCUAUUUUGAGCGAAUACAACAUCUUUACCAGUGCUUUGCCACGUUGGGCACCUGAUUUGAGUAGGCUAAGGUCGCUUGAACUGUGGGAUGGCAAGACCCUAGGCGAUGAAACCAUCCAAAAUCUGCUACACGAACAUUGCCCUCAUCUCAACAGAAUCAACAUCUAUCAAUGGCGCGAUGACGACUCUGACAGUCAGCUUGCACGAUUCUUGAACCAUAUGCCAAAGAACACACUGCAAUGGUUCGAAAACAUAGGAGAGUGCGGAAUCGGAAUCGAAACAUGCAAGGCGUUCAGCACACAUGCUGGAUCGCUGAAGUUUCUAUCACUUGCAGUCCCAGACAAGGGAAUCGAAGGGCUUGGACUGAUGCAGGACUGUACAGCGGUCGAAACGCUCAAGUUGCGUGACACGCAAGCACCGCACGACCUCAAGGAGAUGCAUAAAGAUACUCUGGAUGGCAUGAUAGAGUGGCUGAAGCAAUGCACCAAGCUGCGCGAAGUCAACUUGACUGAUUUUGUCUCAGCCCCUGAUAUCUUGACGCCAGCUCUGAGCGAGGAAGGUAUUGACUUGGAAGACUUACAGAUCAGCGCCAAAGAUGACUGUAUGUACGUAUUACGGGACCACCAAGACUUUCAUGCAGCCAUUGGUCUGCAGACGAAACUCCAGAGUCUGGUACUGAAGUCGGACCCCGAUCCCCUGGAGCCUGCCGCUCGUAAUCAGCUCUGCGAAGCUCUAUGCGAGUUGAGCGAUCUGCGAUACCUCGAACUCACUAGAACAUCCGAUUACUUCCAAGAUGAUCAACUACAGCUCAUUGGAGAAAACCUACUGAAGCUGGAAGAUCUCUCCGUCAGUGGUUGGCUCUUGAGCGAUCAGACCUUGAGAAAACUCUCAAAUUUGGGUAACCUGAAAACCGUCACUUUCAAUGGUCUAUCAGUGUUCACGGCGGAUGGCCUACUAGAGUUCAUUGACAACUUGGGACCAGGAAGUCGGGGCCUGGUUUUGUCGAUCGAUAUGGCAUCUCUAGAUGCGUCUUUGAGCAGUGAGGAGCAGGAUCUGAUUCGUGAGACUCUGGCGACCAAGGUGCAAGGUCGCUUCGAGUAUCAACUUGUGAGAGGUAAGACAGGCCACAACUUUCGGACAACCCAACCUCAUCUUACUGACAAUUAUUCAGAUCCUGACGUUCCUGAAUUUGACGAGUCAGAUUCGGAUUGA